UUUCCCAUCAUUCGAAACUACAUUACCCAUAAAGCCCCGCGCCUGCAUUAGUCGGAAUGUGCUGGGGGGAAAAAAGCGUAAUAUUGUUUCAAUGAUCGAGAAUCAGUAACAUUCAAACAAUCUACAUAAAACAUCUGUUAAAUUGAAUCAAUUUUCUAAGUUUAUUUCUAAACGUCUGUGGAUUUCUGGAAGAUGGGGCAGCUCUACACAGCAGGAGACUGAUGAGGAGGGAAUGAGCAGGACACCAGGAAACAACUCACAUCUGAUGGAAAAGAUUAGUCUCACCUCUCUGACAUACAGCAGUCAUGGAAACCAAGGAAAAUGGAUCAGUGGACACCAAAAGUUCUGUGGAGAAUGGGCAGGUCUCUGAUCCAGCCCACUGGGCCGUAGCAGAUGUGGUCAAUUAUUUUAAAGCCACAGGGUUUGAGGAGCAAGCCAACGCUUUCAAGGAUCAGGAAAUCGAUGGCAAAUCCCUUUUAUUAAUGACUCGAAAUGACGUUCUGACCGGACUGUCAAUAAAACUGGGUCCUGCACUGAAGAUCUAUGAGUAUCACGUCAAGCCUCUCCAAACCCAGCACUUAAAAAGUAAUGUCUCGUAGCUGCUGCAGUCACAUGGAUGCAUGGAAGACAAUCACAGCAGGGUAACUGCAGGCAGAACUAAUACGUUUUAUCCAUCUUAAUAAAGAAACAUGGGGAAUUUAUUGCUUUUAAGGUCUCAUUCUGCUGUACAGGUCUAUCUACUGUUUUUAGUUUGCCUACGUUUUAACAUGUUCGUUCAGAUUUUACCUUCACUUUGUGUACUUGUACAUAAAUCAUUACAGCUUUUAAGAUUAAAUGCUCAGUUUAAUAACAUGAUCUGUGAUGUAAAAUGAUAAAUGGAACACUAUUCUUGAAGAUGUUUCUGUGUAACGCAUGAAGUACUUUUGAAUAGAAAUGAGCGGGAGAUUGCCGUGUGAUUUUUAUUAGUUUGUUGGUGUUUAUUUUUCCUUUUUGUUUUUCUGGUUUUUAAUAGAUAAAAAGUGUAUUGAGAUAACAGCACAAAUGAUCAAGUGUCUGAAAAUGAUGUAUUUGCUGUGGUUUACAGCUAUUAAUGCUCAACGCAUUAGGGCUUUGUUUGCAGGAAUCCUGUCAGAAUGACAGUGCUUUGUGCUGCUAUAAAUUCAGUUUAUUUAUUUCAUUCUGUAACUAACAAUGUGAUUCCUGAUCAGUUGGUGAAUUGUUGUUUUUGAAAGCCAGCACAACACUGUAAGUCUACAGCGGUUAGUGAAACCGGGUGUUUUAGAAGAUGAAACAAAAGUGAGUGUAGACUGCAAUAAAUGGUGCUUUUUCAGACUGCUAAAAAAUC